UACCAUUGCCUCAUGCUUAUUCUAGAGAAGUGAUUCCUUGCAGGCGAGAUCAAAUACCAAGACCUGAAACUGCCAGAGGUUGGCCACAUUUGGAAAGAAUAGUAGAGAAACUGAUGCCUUACAGUGAUGAUGUAGAAGUAGGACUCCUGAUUGGUCUCAAUUGUAUUAAGGCAAUUAAGCCAAAGGAAAUCAUUACUGGCAAUGACAAUGAUCCCUAUGCAAAAACGAACUGAUCUUGGUUGGGGCAUUGUAGGUAAAGUCAGAGGUGUUGAUUCAAAGGAAGUAGAUGUAGUGUCAGUGCACAGAACAAUGAUGCAAGAAGUAAUAAUUAAUCAUGAGAAGAAAUGUUGUCUUUUCACAGUGCCUACAAAGGUCAAAGAGAUUAUUAAUCCUGAGCAAGUAAAAAAGAUGUUUGAGCUUGAUUUUAAUGAAGUAAAUGAUGAUUGUCCUAUUUCUCAAGAUGAUAAAAUGUUUAUAAAAAGAAUGAGAGAAGGUAUUCAUCAGGUUGAAAGAGGUCAUUAUGAAAUGCCUCUGCCUUUAAAGAAUAUAGAUUUCAAGUUCCCAAAUAAUAGAGAUGUAAUUUUGCACAGGUUAAUGAAUCUUAAAAGAAAGUUUAGGCAAAGGAAAGAUUACUAUGAAGAUUAUGUAAAUUUAUGAAGGAUCUCAUAGAGAAAGGUUAUGCAGAACCAAUCCCAAAGGAAGAAUUAAGUAGGGAUGAUUGGUUAAUGUCAGUGUCAACAGUAGCUGAAGCUAUUGAUUUGAUUGAUAAAAGUAAAAGUUUAUGUAAAUUAGCAGGUUUCACAUUGCACAAAUUUUCCUCAAAUGAAAAGGAAGUAAUAUCUGCUAUUAGUCCAGAAGUAAUAUCUGACAACAUUAAAAGUCUUGACUUGACAAAGGAUACACUACCAAUGGAAAGAACACUUGGAAUAGAAUGGUGCAUAGAAUCUGAUACUUUUCAAUUCAGAGUUAAUUUCAGUAGCAAGCCUUUAACUAGAAGAGGCAUUUUGUCAACGGUAAGCUCAAUAUUUGAUCCCUUGGGACUAGUAUCUCCAUUGAUUCUAUUAGGAAAGAAAAUACUCCAGGAUUUAUGUAGGGGUAAAGUAGAAUGGGAUGAUCCUGUGCCUGAUCAUAUUAAACCCUUGUGGGAAAAAUGGAGAAAUGAAUUAUGUGAUUUGCAGAACCUUAAGUUGCCAAGAUGUUUAUAAACCAGAAGGCUUUGGAGAAAUGAAAUCAGUAGAAUUACACCAUUUUUCAGAUGCAUGCCAAGAUGGCUAUGGACAGUGUUCAUAUAUUAGAUUUGUUAAUGUUAAUGAUGAAAUUCAUUGUUCUUUAGUUAUGUCCAAGUCUAGAGUUACUCCAUUGAGAGCUGUUACUAUUCCAAGAUUGGAACUGACAGCAGCAGUAGUGUCAAGUAAAGUAAGUGUCAUGUUAAGAAAGGAGCUUGAUUAUCAAAAUAUCAAGGAAAUAUUUUGGACAGACAGUAAAGCAAUCUUAGGAUACAUUUCAAAUGAUGCCAAAAGGUUUCAUGUUUUUGUUGCAAAUAGAGUUCAGUAUAUUAGAGAUAGGACUGAUCCUAUUCAAUGGAAUUAUGUACAGUCAGAGUCAAAUCCAGCAGAUUGUGCUGCACGUGGACUUUGUGUCAAAGAAUUAAUGGAUAAUUUGAUGUGGUGGAAUGGUCCAAAGUUUCUUUGGAAGAAACUUGAUUAUUGUGGAAGUUCCUGUGAACAAAGAUCCAUUUUUGAGGAUGAUCCAGAAGUCAAGAAAGUGUCAUUUGUAGUAACUUCAAAGAAAGAAGAAUCAUUUCUUGAUAGAUUAGACUAUUUCUCAGAUUGGUUUAGAGCUAAAAGAGCUACAGCAUUGUGUUUAAGUCUACAAAGUAAGAAUAAGAAAACCACAGAAACAUCUGAGGAGAAAAUUGAUAAGAGAAAUGUAACAUAUAGUCCUGUGACAGUUUCAGAGCUUGAAAAGGCAGAGAAAGUAAUAAUAAAGGAACUUCAGAGUAAAUACUAUGCAGAUGAAAAAAGAGUUCUUCAAACAAAGAAAGUCCUAAAUAAGAGAAGUUGUUUGUACAAAUUAGAUCCAUUUAUGGAUAUUGAUGGAAUCAUGAAAGUACAAGGAAGACUUAGUCAAGCAAACUUGAAUGAAGCAAGUAGACAUCCUGUAAUUUUGCCAGGUAGAUGCCACUAUCACCAUCAAGGUCGUGGCAUAACAUGAAAUAAGAGCAGGUUACUGGGUGGUACUUUAUAUCCAGGGAAGUCCCCGCCAAAGAGCUUUAUUUUAUUUGUGAUAAAAGAUAAAUGUUUUAUUUUUGUAUUUACUUUCAGAAAAGAAAGUUUUAUAAAGUUUAUAGUUUUAAGGUAGUAUAAUGUUGAUUGUAAAUUGUAAACAAUUUAAGGGAGCCAUGUAAGUGUAGCAGCCCAGUUAAGAAAGUAAAGAUGAAUAAAAAUGUUUUAAAAGACUAUGUGCCAAAGUCGCGUACAUAGACGGGUAUUGGAACUCGGUUGUUUACUUCAACGGCAGCUGUGGUCGCCUAAACAGCACCAGGCCCUAUUGUAGGGGUUUGGAGUUUUACGUAUGAUUACGGAUAUGGAAGAUGUAGAAACUGUAUUCAUCAGUUAUGGAGAAUAAAGGAAGCAACAACAA